AUGGACAACGGUGCGUACUACUACUGCCUGCUAGCUCUUCUUCCACUUCUAUGCUUUAUUGUUGUCAAGUUCUGGUGGAGAACUUCCCUCGGGUCUCGUAGCCAUGGACUUCGGCUCCCUCCAGGCCCAUGGCAGCUACCUAUCAUCCGCAGCAUCCACCAUCUCCGCGGCUCCCUUGUCCACCGCGCUCUGCGAGACCUGUCUCUCCGGCACGGCCCUCUCAUGUUCCUCAAGUUCGGCGAGGUCCCGGUGGUCGUCGCAUCCACGCCGGACGCCGCGAAAGUGUUCAUGAAGACCCACGACGCCAUCUUUGCGACAAGGCCAAUGACGCUGAACGCCAGCGUGUUCACCAAGGACGGCCUAGGGAUCGUGCUGGCUCCGUACGGCGACCACUGGCGGCAGCUCCGCAAGAUCUGCAUCAUGGAGCUGCUCAGCGCCAGGCGCGUCCGGUCGUUCGCGCCCGUGCGCGAGGAGGAGGCGGUCUGGCUGGUCCAAGCCGUCGUCGACUCGGCCGCGGCGAUGGCACCUCUCGUCGACCUCAGCAAGCUGGUCGCCGUGUACAUCGCUGACGCGUCGGUGCGCGCCAUCGUGGGCAGGCGGUUCAAGGAGACGGACACCCUGCUGCGCUACGUUGACGAGAGCGUCCGGGUGGAAGACUUCCGCGAGUCCUUGUUCGCCUUCAUGGAUGGAGUGGUCCGUGAGCACCUGGAGAGGAAGAAAUCAUGUGGUGGAGAAGAAGAAGUUCAUGAUCAGGAGGACUUGGUCGACGUUCUCCUCCGAAUCCAGCAGGAGGGAAACCUGAAGUUCCCUCUCACCAUGAGCAUAAUCGAAGCAGUCAUAUUUGAUCUUAUCGCUGGGGGGAUCGAGACGGCAGCAUCAACACUCCAGUGGGCGACGGCGGAGCUGAUGAGGAACCCUGCUGCCAUGUCCAAGGCGCAAGCCGAGGUCAGGGGAAUGCCAAGAACACAGCCGCGUGCUCGCUACGACGUGCCCAAGGGCACCAUGGUGCUCGUGAACGCGUGGGCGAUCUCCAGUGUAGAAUGGGAGCCAACAACGAUUGCGUGUUGA